GUAACAAUUAGUUUUACUAUUGGUCAACUUUAGAUUAAUACGACUCGAACAGACUUCGUAAUUAAGUCUUAAGAAUGUAUUUAAGGUAAUCGUGUGGAAACUGCACUCGCAUUUCCAGUAACUUAAUAGUAUUAUGCUCUUUGCAGGACUUAAAGGCUUGACGAUGUUGGAAAAUGUCAUAAAACUACAACUAAUCAAGUGUUCAAUGUUAUUUCUUUCUAGUAUAGUUCGUAAUGUUAUUGCCGUCAGUUAUCCGACUGUAGAUAGUAUUGUAACUUGGUCGUCGAGUUCGGAUAUUGUGAUGAACCAGUCAAGUUAUAUUGACCAGAACACUUGUUCAUUUAGGUUCUACCAUGCUCGGAAUCCAGGUCGCUUGGAUAGUGAUAAGAAUAAAAUCAGCAAACUAAAAGUUCGAGCUCGAAGUCACACUAUUGGCUAUAAGGUGUCUCCCUUAAGUAACCAGGGUCAUCCACAGUUAAAUUGCUUUUCUACAUAGAAACAGAUCGGCCACAAUAGGUUGGUCCUCAAAGUAGAUCGUCUCACUUUGUCACAUAUUUCCGUUGUCCAUGGUAAGGUCUUAAAGUGUGGGGCUAGCUCAUCGUAAUAAACUUACGCGUCUGUUUGAUCUCAAGCAGUUGCUAUUUGAGCUCUACGGUCACAUUCUCAGGCCAUUAAGAUAACGAAUAACUCAGUUCCUUCUGCAGCUACCCCAAACGAAGUAUUCUUGCACAAUAUGGGCGUCCGGUAGAUGGUAACCGUCAUCAUAUUUCCAGCUUCAACCCUCAAAUGAUAAAUAGUAG